AUGCUCACAAAAUUCGAGUCCAAAAGUAAUCGUGUAAAGGGGCUCGCGUUUCAUCCUACUCAACCACUACUUGCAGCCGCAUUACACAAUGGCAGCGUGCAACUCUGGAAUUACCGGAUGGGUGUCUUGGUAGACAGAUUCGAGGAACAUGAAGGUCCUGUCCGAGCGGUCGCCAUUCAUCCGAGCAGAGCACUGUUAGUGACUGGAGGGGACGACUAUAAGAUCAAAGUCUGGGAUCUCAAACCUCAGAGCAGACGGUGCCUCUUCACAUUACAUGGUCACUUAGACUACGUCCGCACCGUCCAAUUUCAUCAUGAAAUGCCCUGGAUUCUCUCGUCUUCUGAUGAUCAAACUAUUCGCAUAUGGAACAGUACUUCUCGUAAUUGCAUUGCGAUUUUGACUGGACACUCGCACUACGUGAUGUCUGCUCAGUUCCAUCCUAAGGAAGACCUCAUUGUGUCAACUUCCAUGGACCAGACUGUACGCGUAUGGGAUAUAUCUGGUCUGCGUAAAAAUACGCCCAACACUGCACCCGGUAAUUUUGAAACGUUUGAUACAUUCUCUACCGUCAAGUACGUACUGGAAGGACACGACCGAGGAGUAAACUUUGCAACAUUCCACCCUACUCUUCCUUUGAUUAUUUCUGCGGCUGAUGAUCGUACCAUCAAAAUAUGGAGAAUGAGCGAAACGAAAGCGUGGGAAGUCGACUCUUGCAGGGGACAUUUCAACAACGUAUCCAGUGCAGUUUUCCACCCCAAACAUGAACUAAUUGUCUCAUGUGGAGAAGACAAGACUGUUCGCGUUUGGGAUCUGGCUAAAAGGACCGCUAUUCAAACUUUCAGGAGAGAGCACGAUCGGUUCUGGGUUUUGGCUGCUCACCCUCAACUUAAUCUUUUUGCUGCUGGACACGAUAAUGGUCUUAUCGUAUUCAAACUGGAACGUGAACGUCCAGCUUUUGCAGUCCAUGCUGAUUCCUUAUACUAUAUCCGCGACAAAUAUGUCCGUGCCUACGACUUCAACUCUGGAUCAGAUAUCGGGUUACUCAGCGUGCGCAAAUUUGGGAGCCCAUAUGUUCCACCAAGGACGUUAAGUUUCAAUCCCGCUGAACGCGCUGUCAUUGCAACCAUAUCCUCCGAUAAUGGGCUAUUCGAGUUGGCUUCACUUCCUACCCAAGCUAUUGGGGAAGUGAAAGAUUCCUCUGUCGAUGGGAAACGAGGUACUGCCCACAGCGCCAUCUUCGUGGCUAGAAAUAGGUUCGCAGCAUUGAACAAGACCACCCAGCUCAUCGAGGUUCGCGACCUGUCAAAUUCGGUUGUCAAGACCAUUAAGCCUCCCGUUCAAACUAAUGAAAUAUUCUACGGAGGAACCGCUAGUUUGAUCCUGAGCUCUACAACUUCAGUAGUAUUAUACGAUAUUCAACAACAGAAGACAAUAGCUGAUCUUAAUAGCCCCCCCGUGAAAUAUGUAGUCUGGAGUGCAGACGGACAAUUGGUGGCAUUAAUGAGCAAACACACAAUCACCAUUGCCAAUAAGACUUUCUCGCAAAAUAGUCUUAUACACGAGACUAUCCGCAUAAAGUCAGGGGCAUGGGAUGAUGCUGGCGUCUUUAUUUACUCUACGCUCAAUCACAUAAAAUACUGUCUUCCCCAAGGUGACCACGGUGUUAUCUGUACCCUCGACAAUCCUGUUUACUUGACGCGGAUCAAGGGCAAGACGGUCCAUUGCCUGGAUCGCUCAGCGCGACCACGGACUAUUACGUUUGAUCCGACAGAAUAUCGUUUCAAACUUGCUUUGUUGCGCAAUAAUUACGAGGAAAUGUUGCAUAUCAUUCGAACUUCAACUUUGCUGGGUCAAAGCAUUAUAGCGUACCUGCAGCAAAAAGGUUUCCCCGAGAUUGCACUUCAUUUUGUCCAAGACAAGAACACUCGUUUCGAUCUGGCCAUUGAAUGCGGUAACCUUGAUGUCGCGUUAGAGACCGCCAAAGCUAUCGACCGGCCAGAGUGCUGGGAUCGUCUGGCUCAGCAAGCUCUUACUCAAGGUAAUCACGCGAUUGUUGAGAAGGCCUAUCAGCAGACGAAAAACUUCGAUCGCUUGUCCUUCUUGUAUCUUGCUACUGGGAGUACCGACAAGUUGUCGAAAAUGCAAAAGAUUGCUGACGCGAGAGGUGAUCCCAUGUCUAAAUUUCACAACGCAUUGUACGCUGGAGAUGUACAUGGCCGAGUUACGGUCCUUCGAGAUGUUGGUCUUUACCCUCUGGCAUAUCUUACUGCCAAAACGAAUGGUCUGGAUGAGUUGGCUAAUGAGAUUUUAGAGGAUGCUGGUUUGACUGACGCAGAUAUCGAUGAUGUCCCUUCAUAUGGUACCUCCACGUUAAAACCACCUCCCAUCGUUACUCCCACCACUACCCUCACCUGGCCCAUAGUCGCUAGUGGCGAAAGUUUCUUCGACCGUGCGAUGGCCAAUGGAAGCCUGGAAUCAGAUGGUGACAUUCCUCACGUCAAUGGCUUUGAUACAAACGGUGCGGCUGCGUCGUCUGCUCUUGAUGCGUGGGCCAAAGAGGAAGAAAUUCAUGACGAUAUCGACCCUGAAGAAGGCGGAUGGGAGCUUGAUGUGGAUGGCACAGAAGCGGAGAAUAAGCAUGUAGAGGAUGAAGAUGAAGCCAUCGUUGAUCAGGACCUUGGAGCUGGUGCUGCACCUGGUGUAAGCGAAACCGAGCUCUGGGUCCGAAACUCUCCAUUUGCUGCAGAUCACGUAGCAGCUGGCUCAUUCGACACCGCCAUGCAACUCCUGAACCGCCAAUUAGGCAUUGUUAAUUUCGCUCUGCUCAAACCACUAUUCCUGUCUAUCUAUCGCUCAUCGCAUGCGUAUUUGUCUCCUAUUGCCUCGUUACCUCCUCUCCAACUACAUGUGAGACGCAACCCAUCAGAGUCCUCGCCUGGACGAGUACUGCCUGUGGCCGCUCGUUCUUUACAGUCUAUACGCAGCGAAUUAUCAGAAGGCUAUCGUUUCGUAUCGGGAAACAAGCUUCCAGAAGCACAGACAACUUUCCGUUCUGUUUUGCAGGCGCUGUUACUUGUUGUCGUUUCAUCAGAUAACGAAGCUAAAGAGUGGCGCGACACCGUUACCGCUGCGCGGGAAUAUCUACUUGGCGUCUCAAUCGAGCUGGAAAGACGACGGGUAGCUCAACACGAGCCUGAGAACGUCCGUAGAAGUCUCGAGUUAGCUGCCUACUUUGCACACUGCAAGCUGCAACCCCCGCACAUGCAGAUUGCCCUGCGCAGUGCUAUCGGUGUCUUUGCCAAAGCGAAUAACCAUGCCACGGCAGCCAAGUUUGCGAGGCGUCUCUUGGAUUUGAAUCCAGAUCCAAAAAUUGUUGCGCAGGCACGGCAACGCAUUGCUGCAGGAGACCGCAACCCUCGAAAUGCGGUGGAAAUAUCAUAUGACGAAUUCACUGAGUUCGAGAUAUGUGCCGCAACUUAUACACCGAUCUUUAAGGGGUCGCCAGCGGUGCACUGCCCGUACACUGAUGCUUCCUUCUUACCCGAUUUCAUGGGAAAACUGGAUCCACUCACGGAGCUGACAGAAAUAGGAGCUGUGUCAUCUGGGUUACCUGCUCCUCGGUGACUGUGAGAUAGGCUAGGUUAGUAUUGUGUAAACGACGUCAUUCAAUCUUCAUUCGCAUCAUUCUUCAACUCAAAGUCGUGUUUCUUGGAGAGAUGAAUCGGCUCUAAAUACUAAAGCUGUCACGUGCUUAAACACGUCUAAUAUUUGUAGAGUGGGAGUUUUAGCGCACAUCGUUCUGUCUUUCUGUCCUAUCGAACCUCAUUUCCUCUUCCUUACCUUGUUCGUAU